ACGGAAGACCAUGCCGUGAGAAGAUAUAUUAGUCUUGUGAUACAAUUUUGGUCGUAUUAUCGGGAACCAUAUGUACAACGAAACAUCGUCAUCUCCACUCGACUUUAAUACACUGUGACGCCAAGAUGGGGAAUUCUCCAAGUAAAGACGCGAACAAGAAAAGAAACGGCAACAAUUCAAAAGAUGGCUGCCCUAUGGAGGAAAACUAUGAUGAGGAAACGCCCACGCCCACGCGUGAAGUGCUACCCACGCUUAAGGUCGACUUCUUGCCGUAUUCCACCGACUGCCAACCUCUCGUCGAAAAUCAAGAAAAAAGGCAAACGUUCAUCGUCACAGCCCACCCCAAAGACCACACCUAUCAGUACGCCCACGGCGAAAAACAAGUUUGUGACAACGCCCACGUCCACACCGAAAGUGACGACCAAGUUUCAGUCCACUUCAAGUAUUACACCAGAAACAAAGAACAAGCACAAGUCGACGCCUACAAGCACACCCAACGUUAAAAACAAGUUGAGGUCAGCGUCCAGUUAUAAAGCGAACUCCUUGCCCACGCCCCAGAUAAAGGUGGAAUGGCCCAAGUCGGAAGGACCACCAAUUGUCGGCCGGAUGAUUGAGGAAAAAGGUCGUGUCCACUCAGCGACCGUCUCCGCUGUCAACCCCACCGCCAGAAGUGUCACAGUAGAGUGGUUUGAAAAAGGCGAAACGAAAGGAAAAGAGAUCGAGUUCGAUGCUGUGUUCGCCCUCAAUCCUGAUUUGGCGCCCCAGGACCAAAAUGCCAUGCCACCGCCUUCAAAAUUUGACGACGAGGACGAGGAGUCCAGCUUGUCCGAGGCAGAUCUAAGUGACUACGUGUCAGGACUCAACGUUGGGCGAGCGGUGAGAGGGUCUGGACGAUUCCUGAGAUCUUCCCACACUCACAGCAACGUUCCAGCCGCCUAUCACCCACAGCGGCCUCCUUCCGCCCACACGUCACAUCUGCCACGUCCUCCUGGGCACCAGGUGGCUCGCUCUCAGUCAGCCUCCAGGCUCACCAUGGAUGAUGAUGGUGAUGAUGUGGAUGAUGAUGAUGAUGAUGAUGAUGAUCCUCCUUAUUCCCGGCAGUCACAGAUCACCCAGCCUGCAGCAGCACCAGUCACAAGAAGCAAAGAUGUGAACAGACCCCGCCCUAGCUACCUUGUGAAACCACCCCAGAAUGGAGAACUCCGAUCAAAUUUGCAAAACAAGAUUGGCCAAGCACCUGCCAGAUCCACAGAAAAUAUUUCUACAUCCACUGUGAGCAAAGCCUCAUCUGUACCAGCUUCUCGGCGCCGAAGUAAUGUGGUGAAGGAAGUGGAUCGUAUUCAGAAGAAACGAGAGGAACGUAGAAAACAGCAAGCGGAGAAAAAAGAAGAGAAAGAAGCACUAAUGAACCUCGACCCAGGAAACCCUCAGUGGGAGUUUCUCAAUAUGAUUCGAGAGUUCAGAUCACAGCUAGAAUUUCGAACACUGAAAGAUGGUGAUCCUCUAGAAGAACAUCAAAUUACAGUUGCUGUCAGAAAGAGACCACUUAACAAAAAAGAGCAGAGCAAACGAGAAAUAGAUGUUAUCACCAUUCCUAACAGAAAUAAUCUUUAUGUUCAUGAACCACGAUCCAAAGUAGACCUAACAAAAUAUCUAGAAAAUCAGAAUUUCCAGUUUGAUUAUGCAUUUGAUGAAUCCUGCAAUAAUGAACUUGUUUACAAGUAUACAGCAAGACCACUAGUUCAAACAAUUUUUGAAGGUGGCAUGGCUACUUGCUUUGCUUAUGGCCAGACUGGGUCUGGAAAGACCCACACAAUGGGUGGAGAUUUUCAGGGCAAGAGUCAAGAUUGUGCAUCAGGAAUAUAUGCGAUGGUGGCAAAGGAUGUAUUUAUCUUCACCAAGAACCCAAAGUUUAGACAUCUUAAUUUACAAGUUUCGGCAAGUUUUUUUGAAAUCUAUGGUGGUAAGGUUUUUGAUCUCCUAAAUAGCAAGACUAAGCUGCGGGUGUUAGAAGAUGGCAAAAAUGUUGUUCAAGUGGUAGGUCUACAAGAACGUGUAUGUGAGUCUGUAGAUGAUGUCCUCAGACUCAUCAAUUUAGGUUCUCAAGUGCGAACUUCUGGUCAAACUGCUGCCAAUAAUCAGUCCUCACGUUCUCAUGCUGUCUUCCAGAUCAUUUUAAGAAAUUUGGAUAGAAUAGAGAAGCAAGGAGAUAAAUCUUACAAACUUCAUGGCAAGUUCUCUCUCAUUGACUUGGCUGGUAAUGAGAGGGGAGCAGACACCUCAAGUGCUAACAGACAAACUCGAAUGGAAGGUGCAGAAAUCAAUAAAUCUCUAUUAGCUCUUAAAGAAUGUAUCCGUGCUUUGGAUCGCAAAGGAUCACAUUUACCAUUCCGAGUCUCUAAAUUAACCCAAGUGCUACGUGACUCCUUCAUCCGAGACAAGAGUAAGACAUGUAUGAUUGCCAUGAUAUCUCCAGGAAUGAACUGCUGUGAGCAUACAUUGAAUACAUUAAGGUAUGCUGACCGUGUAAAAGAAUUGGGAUCCUCUGAAAAUUCUGAGGGAAAUUACAAAUCUUCACCAUCAGAAAAAGAACCCGAUGAAAAUGGUACCAGUGAUGCUGGCUACUCAAGACUAUCAAAUCUAAAUGAUAACGAGAUGAGUGCAGAUCAGCAGGCAUUCCAGGUUGCCAUGGGUGCUCUUCAAGAAGCAGAGGAGGAAGUGGUAGAUCUACAUGGUCAAUACUUUGCUCACCGAGAUAAAAUGGACAAAAUGCUGAUUCCUCUUUACCAGAUGACUAAUGAAGUAGACUACGAUGUAGAUGCAUAUACACAACAGCUGGAAGAUGUUGUUUUGGAAAACAUGGAAUGGUGGACCCAGCUGCGGGAACGUGUGGUGAAAUUGCGGCACCAGCUAGUGGAGGAGGAAAACCUAUCACGUCGUCAACAAGUAGCUCUGAAAACAUCUAGCAUCAAAUAACCAACCCUAAUGCAAUUACUGAUGCUAAUUGAAAACUUGAAGAGGAAAAUGUCAUAGUGAGUAGUGUUUUAUUUAACGAAUAAAUUGGUCGGAUGAUAUUUUUUAAAUAUGCUCUGUAUCAGAGCUCUUUUGGCCCAGCAAAUAUUGUAGAAAGGCAGCCAGCCAUUGUGUCCAUGAACUGCUUGUAUUCCUGUUAGUUGUGUUCACUAGCAGCUUCACUCAAGAGUUUGGUUAAGUGUACAUCCAUUGCCUCAUGCAUGACUAGUGUUUCUAGUUAAUAGUUCUGGAAACUCUCAUACCCACGUCCACAAAGUUGUAUAUAAAUAGGAUGUAAAAAGUGGAUUCAAAUUUAUUUUAAUCAAUUUCAUUUUUUUCAUGCUUCCUGAUUUGAGAAAUCUACAAGGAAUGCUCCUCUCGUCAACAACUCAUAAUUUUAGAAAUGUCGUGUCUCGAGGUUUUUGUGUUAUCUUGCCUCCAUAUGCUCUGCAGCUGUGCCACUCAUUUCAAUAAAAAAAAAUUUCAAUACAAACCUGCACUUCAGUUUACACACACACACACGCAUACACACACACACACACGCAUACACACACACACACACACACACACACACACACAGUAUAUGGCCUGAUAGCAUUAGGCUUAUUUGGAUUUGGCAAAGAUUAUACUGUACUAUUUUAAAAAUUAUCAGUCCAGUCUCAAAUAUCUAUACUCUUGUCAAAACUGCCUGCUUGAUGGUGCUUUGAAGUGGUGGCAGGCAGAGUGAUGUAUUUAUGUGCUAAUGGUUAUUUUUACUUAAUAACUGUACUAUAUCUGUAAAGAACACUAUUAUCUAACAUCAUAACAGUUCAGAGGUAAAGGUUUGUGUUGAAUAAACAAAAUAUAUUGCUUCAUAAAAGCUGUUUGGUUAUAUUUGUUUUGUAAAGUUAACCUGAUUUUUGUCAUUGUUUAAAAUAAUAUUUUUAAAUGCCUUAAUGUAAAGAAAUACCUAAUGUAGAAGACACAGCAUAGUAACAUGAACUUGUGAAUGUUAAUGUUGCAGUUUAUGAAGUUCUCUUUUUAACACAUCAAUAAAAGCACAAAUUAAUGCAAAA